AUGAUGGAGGAAUUGUUCAGUAAACAGAGAGAAGAGCAUAAACAGCUUCAAAGUUCUAUUGCUUCUCUUAGGAGGCAAGCCAAAGAGGGAAACAAAAAGCAAAAGAAGCAAGUUCAGCAAAAAAUCGCCGACAUGGAAGCCGAUUUGUCUCAAAGGCACGCGCAGGAAAGAACGGAUCUUGAACGGACCGAGGAGCCAGAGGAAGGCAAUGAGCAGGAUGAUCUUGUUGCUACAUUGCUAAAACAAAUGGAGUCGACGGAUUUGGACAAACCCAAGAAGUCACCUGAAAAUUCAAAGAGUGAAGCAGUAGAUCAACCCAAGGAAACUAAAAAGUCUAGGAAUCGUCAAAAAGAACGUCUUGAACGUAGGAAGGCAGAAAUGCAACAAUUGAGCGAACGAGCAGAAACAGAGCAUGCAGACACAGUUGACAAACAAAAGGUUGAAAAGGAUGAGCUUUCUAAGAUUCUUUCGAAUUCAGGAUUGGUUGCUGUUGAUAUCAUUCCAGACGGUCAUUGUUUAUUCGCAUCCAUUUCUCAUCAACUUAACUAUCAUUUCAAUAUAAAGCUGAACUAUCAUCAGCUCCGUGAUCGCGCUGCAAACUACAUUUUUAAGCAUGGGGAUGAAUAUUCUGGCUUUUUACUCGAUGAAGACACAGGAGAAGUAAUGUCGGUGGAGCAAUAUUGCAAUGAAAUUCGGACAACGGGAAAAUGGGGAGGUGAUAUUGAAAUUCAAGCACUUUCCAAUGAUGUACAAGUUCCUAUCUACGUUUACAAUACAAAUGGACCCAUUAUUAAAUUUGAACCUCAAGAAGCGAAGCAUACGACGCCUGUAUGCAUCGCAUACUACCAACAUUUAUACGGAUUGGGUGCUCACUAUAAUAGCUUGGUGUACAAUAAUAAGUGA